CGUAGAUUUCUUGAUUCAUAAUAAAACGAACAUAGGUAUGCCAAUAAUAAUGCUGCAUUAUCAGGUAAAGUUGACUCGUCCAGUUGUAUAGAGAAAUGGUAUGGUUGCUUAAGGGAAUUCGUUUAAUGAUAUCAGAUGCAGGUUUGUGUAAAACAGUUUUUAAAACCUCUUCAACGGCUGGCAAAAUUAACUUCUCUUCAAUAGUAUGCGGUUUUCCGGAUAUUGCUAUGAGUAACGAGAUAUUGUAAGACGCCCGCAAACCAUCAUCAUUUCUUUGUGACGUCGAAGCGAACAUUCUGUCCAGUAUAG